ACAUGAGUCGUAGUUCCCACUAUGGUGCGACUCUUCGUGGUGCGUUCAAGUCGGAUUGGAUGUCAGGAUUUUAUGGCUGCAGCGGAAUCUCGACUGCAAACAUCAUAUGACGGUCUUAAAGAUGGAGGUAACUGCAGCUCGGCGGUCGUUUUUGUGCGAUAUCGGGUUCUGGGCCGACCGGACCGCCCUGCAUGAAGCCGCCUCUCAAGGCAGGUCUCUGCAGCUGAAACAGCUGAUAGAAGCAGGAGCGUCCGUCAACAUGGUGACAGUGGACAACAUCACUCCCUUGCAUGAAGCCUGCAUUCAGGCCCGUCCCAGCUGCGCCCGGAUGCUGCUGGAAGCCGGAGCUCAGGUGGACGUCCGCACCAUCCACGGCAGCACCCCGCUGUGCCAUGCCUGCGCCUCUGGCAGUCUGGAGUGCACUGAGCUUCUGUUGCAGCACGGAGCCAAAGUCAACCCCUCGCUCACGGCUCUCACCGCUUCACCGCUACACGAGGCCUGCAUCCAAGGUUGGACUCUUGAGCUCCCCGUCAGUCUGAUUGGAUCCUUAUGGCUAACACGCCGCCUCCUCCCAGGAAACGUGGACAUUGUGCGGUUGUUGAUUUCCAAAGGAGCCCAGUUGGAGGCUUACGACGUCCACUUCGGGCCCCCUCUUCACAUAGCAUGUGCCAAAGGGCAGGUGGACUGUGUCAGAGAGCUGCUGCUGGCCGGUGCCAAUGUGAACUCUGUGAAGUUUCAUGAGACGGCGUUGCACCACGCAGCUCGAGCAAACAUGACCGACAUGAUUGAGCUGCUGGUGGAGUUUGGAGCGAACGUCUUCAGCAGCGACAACCUGGCCAGGAAACCUGUGGACUACACCAGUCCAGUAUCUCCUUCCUGCAUCUGCCUCCAGUUUUAUGAGAGUAACCCGCUGAGCUUGCAGCAACUUUGCAGAAUCAGAAUCAGGGGCACGUUUGGCACCAGAGCCUCUGACGUGAUAUGCAGGCUGGACACCUCGCAGCGCAUCAAGAGCUACCUACAGUACUGUGGCCAUGCCUCCGCUACUGCUGUUGUGUGAAGAAUGAAGUCACUGACAUGGCGACGAACAUUGUUAUUUUUAUUAUUAUUAUUACUGCUGUUUUUGUCAUAAAGAGGUGAGCGCUCAUGUUUUUGUAAACCGUCUUAAGACUAAGGUUUGAGCAAUUUAUUGGUAAAAAUAAAAAAAAAUUCAAACGUUGUCGUUCUAGUUGGUCGCCAGCAGAUGGCGAACACGGGCCAUUUUCCUCGUGUCACAUACAGUACGUAAAACAAACAUAUAUAUAUAUAUACAAUGUAUGUGCAAUAUGUGUACAA